AUGGCUUUCCUUGAUGACUUGCGCAAGUUUCCUCGUCGUACGCCCUCCGACAAGGCGACACCGCAACAGAACCCCUCGCUCGUGUCCGCCUUGCAUAACUCUGCAUUUUCGCGGAAGCUGUUCUCGACGCCCAACGAGGCGGUCGCGGACCAGAGGAGCUCAUGGCGUGAGGGCAGGUUCUAUUUUGCCCAGGCACACCUGUUCAUCGAUACAUACUUCUCCGGGCUCCACUACAUCCAUCCCAUCAUCGACAAGGACAGCUUCAUGUCCCGGGCAAACGAUAUAUGGUUUGAGGGCUCUGCUUCUACAACUACCAGCUUCCUUGCGCUUUAUUUCAGCCUCAUGUCACUCGGCGCCCUGAUGAUGACCUGGCAGGAUGAGGUGCUUGAUGGCCAUACGCGGUUCCAGUGGAGCAGGCGACUCUUCGGCGAGGCUCUAUCGUGCCUCAAUCAGCUUCAAUUCUCCAAUGACUUGGACACGGUCCAUUCCUUGUAUCUGAUGGGCACCACAUCUAACGUAUUGGUUGGCGGGGUCGCUUUAGGCGAAGAUCUGCCAGAACGAACUCAAUCCACAUUGUACGUGGUAUAUUAA